AUGGCCGACCCGAACAUGUAUCACUCCUACGGUCAGGCCCCGGUGCCUGGUGAGAACCCCUCGGAUCCCAAUCGAAUGGCCUAUCAGGCCUCCCCGCAAGGCUAUCCAGCUGCUGGUCUCCCUCCCGGUCCCUCUCCUCAGCCCGGAGCUGCGUACGGAGCCCCUGCCCCUAAUCAACAAUGGCCGGCCUACGGCUCUCCACCGGCACAACAACCUCUACAACAACCACCGGCACAAUUCGCAUACCAGACGCAACCGCAGGCUGCCAUGGGUGCUCCUGUCGACCCUGGGAUGGCUGGAUUAGCAUCCCAGAUGAGCGGAUUGGGAAUAAUGGGAGGUGAAGGAGGAGCAACCCGGACGACGAAAAAGAAGCAUCGACACGCGCACCACGAGAUUGCCGGUGCUUCGGCCUCAGCCCCGCAACCCUUCGCGGCAGCACCUCAGGAUCCUAUGCAGCCAAUCUCGCAGUUCCUGAACACCGGCUUGAACCAGGCCCCCCGUCCCAUCUCCCCCGCCGCUGGCAUCCCCGCCCCCGUGAACCCGGCCCUGGGAGGCGGCGAAGGUGCAGUUCCGACACAUGGGAAGAUCGAUCCGGAGCAAAUCCCAAGCAUUCCCCGGUCUCGUGAUGUGCCUGCGCAGUACUAUUUCAACCAUGUUUACCCGACGAUGGAGCGGUACCUUCCACCACCUGCGGCGAUCCCGUUCGUCGCCCACGACCAGGGCAAUUCGUCCCCCAAAUAUGCGCGCCUCACCUUGAACAACAUCCCAUCCACCUCCGACUUUCUCUCCUCAACCGCACUACCCUUGGGGAUGGUUCUGCAGCCGCUGGCGCGCCUGGACCCAGGCGAGCAGCCCAUUCCCGUGCUCGAUUUCGGUGACGCCGGCCCUCCACGAUGCCGCCGGUGCCGAGCAUAUAUCAAUCCGUUCAUGUCAUUCCGCUCGGGAGGAAACAAGUUUGUUUGUAACAUGUGCACAUUCCCCAACGAUGUGCCGGCGGAAUACUUUGCGCCGCUGGAUCCGUCCGGAUCGCGCGUCGACCGCAUGCAGCGUCCGGAGCUGAUGAUGGGAACCGUGGAGUUCCUGGUGCCGAAGGAUUACUGGAAUAAGGAGCCUGUGGGUCUCCAAUGGCUCUUCCUGAUUGAUGUCAGUCAGGAGUCGGUGAACAGGGGAUUCCUGAAGGGCGUGUGCAAGGGGAUCACGGAAGCGCUGUACAGCGAGGAGCCAUCGGAGGCCGAUGGCGAGACCCCGGCCAGGCGGAUACCGGAAGGCGCCAAGAUCGGUAUUGUCACCUAUGAUAAGGAGGUGCACUUUUACAAUCUGAGUGCACAACUCGACCAGGCCCAGAUGAUGGUGAUGACCGAUUUGGAGGAGCCGUUCGUCCCUCUCAGUGAGGGACUGUUUGUGGACCCCUACGAAUCCAAGAAUGUCAUUUCCGCCCUGCUGAAGCGCAUUCCGACCAUUUUCUCUCAUGUCAAGAACCCACAGCCAGCCUUGCUGCCCGCCUUGAACGCAGCGUUGUCGGCUUUGCGGCCAACGGGCGGUAAGAUUGUGGGAACCAUCGCCAGCCUGCCCACUUGGGGUCCCGGUGCUCUGUCCCUGCGGGACGACCCCAAGGUGCAUGGGACCGAGGCGGAGAGGAAGCUGUUCACCACCGAGCAUGCGGGAUGGCGAGAGACGGCCGGCCAUUUGGCCGAAGCCGGCAUCGGCGUCGACAUGUUCAUUGCGGCACCGAGCGGAACGUACAUGGACGUUGCUACGAUCGGCCACGUCCCUGAGGUAACUGGCGGUGAGACCUUCUUCUACCCGAACUUCCACGCACCCCGCGAUAUUCGCAAGCUCUCGCAGGAAUUGGCGCACGCGGUCACGCGGGAGACGGGCUAUCAGGCCCUGAUGAAGGUCCGGUGUUCGAACGGACUGCAGGUGUCCGCCUACCACGGCAACUUUGUGCAGCAUACGUUCGGGGCCGAUCUCGAGAUCGGUACGAUCGACGCCGACAAGGCUAUUGGGGUGGUGUUCAGCUACGACGGGAAAUUGGACCCGAAGCUGGAUGCUCACUUCCAGGCCGCCCUACUGUAUACGUCGGCCGAUGGCCAGCGUCGGGUGCGGUGCAUCAACUCCGUGGCCGCGGUCAAUGAGGGCGGCAUGGAGACGAUGAAGUUUGUAGACCAGGACGCAGUGGUCAGCAUGGUGGCCAAGGAGGCGGCUUCCAAGACCCUGGACAAGUCCCUCAAGGACAUCCGGGCGAGCGUUUCCGAGAAGACGGUGGACAUCUUCAGCGGAUACCGCAAGAUCUUUUCUGGGUCACAUCCUCCGGGACAAUUGGUGCUGCCAGAGAACCUGAAAGAGUUCUCCAUGUACAUGCUUAGUCUGAUCAAGUCGCGGGCUAUCAAAGGCGGCCAAGAGGCGUCGGACCGGCGCAUUCACGACAUGCGGAUGUUGCGGUCCAUCGGGUGCACGGAGCUAGCGCUGUACCUGUACCCCCGCAUCAUCCCGAUCCACAACAUGCAGCCGACGGACGGAUUCCCCAAUGAGCAGGGCCAGCUGCAAGUGCCCCCGUCGCUGCGGGCCAGCUUCUCGAAAAUCGAGGAGGGCGGGGCCUACCUGGUGGACAAUGGGCAGCAAUGCCUGCUGUGGUUGCACUCGCAGGUCUCACCCAACCUCCUCGAGGACCUGUUCGGGGAGGGGCAGGGGUCGCUCCAGGGGUUGAGCCCACAGACGUCGGCGAUCCCAGUGCUGGAGACACAUUUGAACGCGCAGGUGCGCAAUUUACUGCAAUAUCUGUCGACGAUCCGGGGAUCGAAGGCAGUGACAAUCCAGCUGGCGCGUCAGGGACUGGACGGUGCCGAGUACGAGUUUGCGCGGAUGCUGGUGGAGGACCGCAACAACGAGGCACAGAGCCAUGUCGACUGGCUGGUGCAUACCCACCGGCAAAUCAACCUAGAGCUGGCGGGGCAUCGGAAGCGCGAGGACACAGCGGGGGAGGGGGGAUUGACCAGCUUGGCCGGGCUGCGAGCGCCGUAUUGGUAG